AGACUCCUCCCCCUCCGGAGUGACAUCAUAUGUCUGCGCUCAGCUGCUACAUUCUGUGGUAGGUUAAUUCAUUUGAUUCAUGUCUCGCAUACUUUGACCAAACAAGAGCACCAGUCUCUGCUAGCACUGUAGCCUAGUGUUUGGAGCAAGCGAGUCAUCCAGUGAUUCCUCGACAAUAAACUAGAAGUCAGUGAUUGAGAACAUUUUGGAUCAAGUAUCAGAAAUGGACUACCGGCUGAUUGGACAUGAACAAUGCGAAUUUGAGGAACUGGCUGUUUACUUCUCCGAGGAGGAGUGGGUCUGUUUAACUAAGGAAAAGAAGGCGCUUUACAUAGAUGUGAUGAUGGAGAAUUACCUGACCCUCAGGUUUCUGGGAAGGAUUCAUAUGACGCCUUUGAUUAUAUCAGCGAUUGAGAAGGGGGAAGAGCCGUACGUGAGAAGUCCACUGCAGGAUAGUCUUUUGGAUGCUGACCCAGAUGGUUCCGUCAACAGAAGUUAUCCCAUCGGAGAAGAAAAGAAUAGAAAUACACUAAUCAAGACUAUUAAUGAAUCUUUUAAUAAAAAGACCAAAAACGCUAACUCUCAAAAAACAAUGAAUCUUUUAGAAUCAUUUAUGCCUACAAAUGAUGUAAACCAAAAAACAAAACAUUUCCCAUGUUCUGAAUGGUGGAAAUGUUUUAACGGUUAUUCAAAAAUUGUCAAAAAAGAAAAACUUUUCUCGUGUUCUGAAUGUGGGAAAUGUUUCUCCUGUAACGCAUAUCUUGUGAAGCAUCAGAAAACUCACACAGGAUUGAAACCAUUCUCAUGUUCUGAAUGUGGUAAAUGUUUUAGCCAAAAUUCACUUGUUGUUCGACAUCAGAGAACACACACAAACGAAAAACCUUUCUCAUGUUCUGAAUGUGGGAAAUCUUUUGUUGCUAAAUCUGUUCUUGUUAGACAUGGCAGAAUCCAUACGGGAGAAAAACCUUUUUCAUGUUCUGAAUGUGGGAAAUGUUUUAUCCGUAGAUCACAUCUUGUUGCACAUAUGAGAAUUCACACAGGAGAGAAGCCUUUCUCAUGUUCUGAAUGUGGGAAGUGUUUUGUUACGAUGUCCGAUCUUGGGAAACAUCGGAGAAUUCACACAGGGGAGAAGCCUUUCUUGUGUUCAGAAUGUGGGAAAUGUUUUUCUAGGAUGUCCGAUCUUGGGAAACAUCUGAGAUAUCACACAGGAGAGAAACCAUAUUCAUGUUCUGAAUGUGGGAAAUGUUUUGUUAGUAAAUCAGAGCUUAUUAUACAUAGGCGAAUUCACACCGGAGAGAAACCAUUCUCAUGUUCUGAAUGUGGGAAAUGUUUUAGCCAGCAAUCGCAUCUUGUUAGACAUCAGAGAAUUCACAUAAGAGAGAAACCUUUUUUAUGUUCUAAAUGUGGGAGACGUUUUGGCCGGCAUGUACAUCUUGCUAACCAUCAGAGAACUCACACAAAAGAGAAAUGUGAUGUUAUGAAUGUGGGAAAUGAUGUUGUCAACUCUAAGGUUUCAGAAAUCGUCAAAGGAUUAAUAUGGGAAUAAAUCAUUUUGUAUUGUGAAUGUGAGAAAAACAAAAACUGUAUUGCAGAUUUUAUAUUUAGCAUCCAGUUUCCACUAUAGCAAAACUUCUCACGCUGACACUAUUAGGGUUAUUCACUAAAGUGAGAAUUCAUAGUGAAUUUGACAUUUUAAGCCAGAGUAGCCAACCUGAAAGUAUAGUUAACUUUGAGAAUAUUUCCACUUUAGAUAUUUUCACCUUAUGUGUAAUAAUCAUCUUGAAUUCUCACUUUAGUAAACAAUCCUGUAUAAAAAUAACUCCAAUUAUUUUUUCAAUAGGUGCCAUUUUUUACA